CAAUGGAAGAAGAGGAAUGUUUAUCACAUUCAUCACCAUCAACCGAUAAUUCUCUUGAACUUCGACUGCAACGAGUGACUGCGGAAAACAUAAAAACAGUUCGAAUCCUCGUUUCAAGCAUAUUUCCGGUGUCGUACAGCGACAAAUUUUAUCAAGAAUGUAUGAAUAACGAAUUAACAGGAGUUGUAAUACGAAACGGCGAGGCAAUCGCCAUAGUUGCUGUAAAGCCCGAGAAUUUCGAAACAGGACGCGUACUUUAUAUAAGAAGCUUUGGAGUUCAUCCCCGUCACCGCGAAGCUGGUCUCGGCUCAUUUCUGAUGGAUUUCGUCGACGAAAAGGGAAAAUUAUUGAAAUUGCCUCACGCGAUGCUCCAUGUGCAGACUUCCAACAAAACUGCGAUCGAAUUCUACAAGAACCGCGGCUUCAACGUGGAUUGUCUCGUUCCACAAUACUAUCAACGAUGCAGUCCUCCUGAUGCGUUUAUCAUGCGAAAGCCAUUCCAUUAAUUUACAUAAAAAAGAUAAAGUUGAAACAUAAAUUCACCAGAUUCAUUCGAUUGAUUUUGUUUUUAAAUCUUGAAUCUAAAAGCUCACAACAACAUUCGUUAUAAAACAAGAAGUAUGUUAAACAGAAUAAAAAUGGAUUUGAUUUGA